AUGGAUGAUCUCCUGAAUAGAUCUUGGAAGAACGCAACAUUCACCGUAUCUGCUCCCCCCUCCCCAUUCACCUCCUCCUUCAGUGGGCUGGACCUUCUGAUGGAGCUAAAGCCAAUCUUUGUCCCUCUUUAUGCAAUGUUGGUCCUGGUCGCCUGCUCAGGAAAUCUCUUCCUCCUUUUCCUCAUUGGACUGAACAGAAAGCUUCACAGCACGACCAACUUCCUGAUUGGAAACCUGGCCCUGGCCGACUUGGUGAUGUGCCUCUUCUGUGUACCCCUGACUGCAUUCUACGCCUUCGAUGAGCACGGCUGGGUCUUUGGCCAUUUCCUGUGCCAUUUUGUGACACUUAUGCAGACAGCUACCGUCUUUGCUGCGGUUCUGUCCCUGACAGCCAUCGCCGUGGACCGCUAUGUCGUGGUCGCCUACCCCAUUCGCCACCGUGGAGGAUGUCACUUCCGAGCAGGGUUAGUGGUGAGCAUAUGGCUCUGUGCCCUGGCCAUGUCUACACCUGCUGCUCUCCACACGGUGUACCUGGAUCUGAGCGCCACAGGCCACCACAUGGCUGUGUGCGAGGAGUUCUGGCAAGAACAGGAGCUCGGACGCUUCAUCUACUCUUGCUUCUUUCUGCUCCUCUCCUAUUUUGUCCCUCUCGCAGCCGUGUCCAUAUCCUACUGUGCCAUCUCUUGCCACCUUCAGUACAGGGUGACGCCUGACCUCGUAGCUGCAACCCCCUCAAACCAAGAGAAAUGGGGUCGUAAGAGGGGCAAGACAUGUCUGCUGAUGGUGUCUGUGCUGUGUUUUGCCUUCUCUUGGCUCCCCCUGCAAGUGGUCAACCUCAUCCGUGACCUGGACACUGACUUCACAAUCCUGAGCAAGAGCCAUGUCAAUGUGGUCCAGGUCUCCUGCCAUUUGCUGGCAAUGAGCUCAGCGUGCUUCAACCCCUUCAUUUACGCUUCCCUGCAUGACAAGUUCCUGUCCUACCUGUGCCGACGCAGAUUCCACAGAGGGGGGCAGCAUCGGGCUCAGAGCAGCUCAACCACCUCAGGCCGUGUGUCCCGCCUGCACACCUGCACCACUGUGGCUGAUAUUCCCAUGACUGCUGGCAAGAUGAAACAUGAUGGAGUCUGA